UCGCGUAUCCCUGUGGAUCCAACAGUUCCGCGUGAUGGGUCCAGCACACAAAUAACCAACAAUUGCAACCAUAGCCCGACUUCAGUGUGUGAUCUGGUUGCAUAAUCAGUUCUGACACGCAGACUGGAUGCACGUGAUCAUACGUCAUCUACUAUCUCAGCUCAUUAAUGAACAAUGAAAGACAGUCAAUCUCAUAUCGAAGCAAACCACUAAUACUCAAAACUUGAGAAGCAUAUCGACGAUCGUGGGGAUCAUUAAACCAAACAUACGACACCGAAUUUCAUAUGGGAGAAGAGUAGCACCCGAUUGCCCCAAGAGCCGCCUAACGGUUAAACGCUUUCAACCCUGUCAGUUCAUACCAGACUAACUGGGUACCAAACAAUGCUCGCGUAUUCUAAAGUAGGUAGUUUAGACUAAGCUACAGUAAAGGGUUUUGAGGCAAUAGGGUAACGCAAAUCAUGCAUCAUCAAUGAUUCUGACACGCAAGUGGAGCGGGUGUGCUAGAUCGGAAUCGGAAACAAAUCCGACCCGAGGUAUUAAGGACUUCAAGUUGACUCGAAUGAUAAGUAGUUGUAAGAAAGCAUAAGCGACUCCGACCCACUGGUGCAGCGAGUUUGGGUCAGGUCAAAGUAGGUUUAAUACCCGACCCGUACUCGCUGCACCAAUGGGCCGGAAUCGCUUAUGCUUUCUCGUAUCUAACGAAAUCGUUGCACAUACUACAUCUAUUUGUACGUUUCAGGUUGACCACGACUACGGGAUGCUUCGGAUUGCUCCGACCCGGUGAGUUCCAGUUGCCCCGCCUUUCACUAGUGUGUGUAUGGAAGAACGUGCGUGAGUUGUCGGAUCGCUGACAAAGCAGUAGAAGCGAGCGCACGAGUGACACGAACAACAUCGAUCUCUCCUUUCCUGGCUGCCCAGCCGCUAAGCCGUAAACUCUUUGCACGGGUCAAGACUUAGUGCGUGCAUUACGCUCGUGUCUGUGUGUGUGUGGGUUUCAGUGUGAUCAGGUGGGCACAUUCUACAACCGUUCCUAUUCGGUGUAAUGUCCCUUCCGCCCGAUGUGUAACGGGGGUGGCGCGCGUGCUGCCAGUGUCGUCGAUCGCGCCGUCCUGCUGGACAGAAUGUGCAACCGGGCACGGUUGACCGAACGUCUUCGUCGCCGUCUGCCACCGGUAGUAGAGGUAGCGAGCGGAACUGCUGCAACUGCAACGACACGUGCCACGGUUGCACCUGAACCGGCCGUGCCGCACCUGCCCGUCGACGGAGGCGGCUGGAGAGCAACGUGCAAAGCGGUGGUGGUGUGGGAAGCUUAAAGUGCAAACCCGAGUGGAGUGCAUCUGCAAGUGUAUAUUUGUGUGUAUGUGUGUUUGUGUGUGUGCUUUGGUGUGGGAGUGUGUGGGCCUGUCGGAUGUGUAUGUGAUAUCAUCAUCCUUCACACUGGUGUGAACCUUCUGCGUCGCGACUCAACCAACACUCUUCAAUCAACUGUAACCGAAAACAAAUGAUCGUGAGAGGGAUCUCAAGAAAGAAGGAGAAGGUUUAAAACAAAACAAAAAACAAGCAAACUAAAGAAAGUUCGUUCGUGAACCGGAAAACAACUACUACCAGGCGGAACGCGGCGCCACCGCCCAUCCCCAGUCCCCCGUGAUUGAUUUCCGUCUCCCAUCAACCAUUCAGUGCUGCUGCCGGUCCCGGGCAGGGUCGUCGUGUCUCGGUGGCGCGGAUGUCUUCUCAAUCAACAGAAGCUGUCCGGCGCUAGCCCAAGGGGUGCCGAGGACAAACGACAACAAAUAACAAUCAUCAGUGGGGGGCCACUCAUUUCCCCGACUUGACGCGGGAGUUGUUUGCCCAAGGAUUCGUUCCUCAGAAAACAAAACCUGCUCAUCGCCACGACGACAACGAUAAGGUGCUCUAGCGAGAAGCGACCCACCAGUGCGUGUGUGUGCGCGCGCGUGACGUCACUAAAGCACGACGCAGCACUUUCUCUGGGCGUGUAAUACCGGUCAGAAUUCCGUUCCGUCAGGAUGGACCACGCGGUGCAUGCCGCCCGCGGCCGGCCGUGGAACAAGCUGCGCUUCGAGAACAACGAACUGGAGAGUCUGUACCAGCGCUACACGCUCAAGCUGCAGCGUUUCUCCGUAACCGGCGUGGUGGCGCUAGUGGUCAUCCUGUGCGGCGUCAUGGGUGGACUUAGUUUAGGCUACAAUCAAGCACCGACCCUGCAUAAUGUAUUUAACACUUUCAUGUGCCUGCUGUUCACCGUGGUGCUGGGUCUGCUGCAGUUCCGGCUGAUCCGCGACUCCCACCUGCCGUACCUGUGCUACGGCAUCCUGUUUUUUACAGCCGCCUUCUGCUUCAUCUCGAUGCCGACGGUCGGCAUCGUGUUCCCGGUGGACACGCGCGAGGUAAUGGCCGAGGGCGUCUGGCAGAUCGUGUUCGUCAUCUUCCUGUCGUACGCGAUGAUGCCGCUGCAGAUCUGGGAGGCCGCCCUGUUCGGGCUGAUCCUUCCGUCGAUCCACGUCGGCCUGACCGGGUACAACAUCUACACCGGCAACUUCCAGUAUCUCGCCUACCAGCAGUUGGCUGCAAACAUGGUCAUCUUUGUGGGCGUCAAUGUGGCCGGGUUCGUGGUGAACGUGAUGAUGGAGCGGGCCCAGCGGCGCGCCUUCCUGGACACGCGCAACUGCAUCGCGGCCCGGCUCGAGAUGGAGGACGAGAACGAGAAGCUCGAGCGGCUGCUGCUGUCCGUGCUGCCGCAGCACGUCGCGAUGGAGAUGAAGAACGACAUCCUGUCGCCGGUCGAGGGCCAGUUCCACAAGAUCUACAUCCAGAAGCACGAGAACGUGAGCAUCCUGUUCGCGGACAUCGUCGGCUUCACCGUGCUGGCGUCCCAGUGCAGCGCGCAGGAGCUGGUGCGGCUGCUGAACGAGCUGUUCGGCCGGUUCGACCAGCUGGCGCACGACAACCACUGUCUGCGGAUCAAAAUACUGGGCGACUGCUACUACUGCGUGUCGGGCAUACCGGACCCGCGGGCCGACCACGCACGGUGCGCGGUCGAGAUGGGGCUAGACAUGAUCGACGCGAUCGCGUCGGUGGUGGAGCAGACGGACGUGAUAUUGAACAUGCGCGUCGGCAUCCAUUCCGGGCGCGUCCUGUGCGGUGUGCUCGGGCUGCGCAAGUGGCAGUUCGACGUCUGGUCGAACGAUGUGACGCUCGCGAACCACAUGGAGAGUGGCGGUGAGCCGGGCCGGGUGCACGUGACGCGCGCCACGCUCGACGCGCUCGGCGGCGAGUACGAGGUGGAGGCGGGCCACGGCGACACGCGCGACUCGUACCUGCGGGACAACGAGAUCGAUACGUACUUCAUCGUACCGCCUGCUCACCGGCGCAAGCCCCUCAUGCUCAACACGCUCGGCGUACGGUCGGCACUGGGAGCGGCCAACCGGCGCAAGCUGUCCUUCCGCAACGUGUCCAACGUGGUGGUGCAGCUGCUGCACACAAUCAAAUACUCUGUGCCGGUGCCGUUCUCGCACAUGGCCACCGGCGGUCCCGGUUCGCCCUACCCCAGCACGAGCGGUGGCGCUGGCGGCCCCGGUGCUGGUGGGGCCGGUUGCAGCGGUGGUGGAGGCGCCGGCUCGAGCAGUGCUGGCGGUGGUGGACUAUUUCUCGACAAGAAUGCGCGCAAGGAUCCGGUGCUCCACUUGCAGCGCAUCCUUCACGCUAGCCCGUACUCUGCCGUCGGUCUCCGGGGGCCAGGCGCUGGCGCUGGCAGUGCCGGUGGUGGUGGCGGCGUCGGCGGCGGCGGUGGCAUCGCAGGAGGUAAAACCGGUACCGCGGAAACCAGGGUUUCGCUCUACGACUCGGAGUUGAGUGGAUCAAACAACAAGGUGACGGACAAGUUUAAGCGACCGUUUAAGAAGCGCCACUCGAGCGUGUACCAUCAGCCGACGAACCGCGUCAACAAGUUCCUGUCGCAGGCGAUCGAGGCCCGGAGCGUCGACCGGGAGAAAUCGGUGCAUGUGAAGCGCAUCUCGCUGCAGUUUCGCGAGAAGGAGAAGGAGCGACAGUACCAUCAGGACUUUGAUCUCGGCUUCACCACCGCGAUGGGCUGCAGCCUGCUGCUGCUGAUACUGAGUGCUGGCCUGCAGAUAUCGGCCCUACCACGAACGCUUAUUCUUCUACUGUUGUUCCUAACGGCGUUCGUGUGGAUUAGCGCCAUCCUGAUGUUGCUGCUAGCGGUGCGGCUCAAGUGGAUCUUCUGGGACCUGUCGCAGAGCUUCUCGCUGCGGCUGGCUAUUACCAUCUUCACCAUCGUGCUGCUGUACUCCGUCGGACAGGUGAACGUGUUCACCUGCCUGUCAGACCAUCCGUGCACAACCAACUUUACCACCAAAAACAUCCCGAGCGUGGAGUCGCUCGGUACGGUCGGUUCCUCUAGUGAUAUUCUGAUGAGCGCGGGCGAGCUGCACCGAAACGAGCCGAACCUCUGGACGGCUGGUCAACAGCACCACCAACCGCUCAACAACUACAGCCACCGGAAGUGCGCCCUGCCACAGUACAUCGCCCUUUCGGCGGCCUAUUCCUUUCUCUCCGUCUCGAUCUUUUUGAGAUUGCCGAUACUGAUCAAAACAGUGCUGGUAACGCUGAUGGCGCUCGUGUACUGUCUGUUUAUCGAGCUGUCGCACGCCAACAUCUUCGACUGCUACGACCAGCGGGUCGAGUCGGCCAUCCCGCUACACACGAUCUCGGUCGCCCGGAUACUGAUCUUCAUGAUCGCUAUCCUGGCGCACGGCCGGCAGGUCGAGUGGACGGCCCGGCUCGACUUCCUCUGGCAGCUGCAGGCGUCGCAGGAAAAGAAGGAAAUGUCCGUGCUGCAGCAGUCGAACCGGCGCAUCCUGUACAACCUGCUGCCUUCGCACGUGGCAGCCCACUUCCUGGACAACCAGUUCGCCCGCAGCAACAUGGCGACCAUGCGACAGGACCUGUACCACCAGAGCUACAGCAAGGUGGGCGUCAUCUUCGCGAGCGUGCCGAACUUCCACGAGUUCUACACCGAGCUGGACGGGUCGAACCAGGGCGUGGAGUGCUUGCGGCUGCUGAACGAAAUCAUUGCCGACUUCGACGAGCUGCUGUGCGAGGAGCGGUUCCACGCGAUCGACAAGAUCAAAACGGUCGGCAGCACGUACAUGGCGGCGGUCGGGCUGAUCCCCGAGCACAAGAUGCUGCCGUCUGAGCCGGGCUCGAUGCGGCGGCUCAUGACGGCGCUGGUCGACUUUGUGAAGGCGAUGCGCAUCACGCUGAAAAACAUCAACGAAAACUCGUACAACAACUUUAUGCUGCGCGUGGGCGUCAAUGUGGGACCGGUGGUGGCGGGUGUGAUUGGCGCCCGGAAACCGCAGUACGACAUCUGGGGCAAUACGGUCAAUGUGGCGUCGCGCAUGGACUCGACCGGCAUACCGGGCUACACGCAGGUGACGCAGGAGGUGGUGGAUAGCUUGCAGGGGUCGCAUUUUGAGUUUCGGUGCCGCGGGCAGAUCAAGGUGAAGGGCAAGGGCGACAUGGUGACGUACUUCCUGUGCGAGCAGAAUGAGCAGCAUCUGUUCGCGGGCGGCAUGGUGACUAACGGCCUUGCUGGCGGUGGUGGAGGCGGCGGAGGGGCUAGUAGUGUCGUGCAGCAGCAGCAGCAGUCGGUGGAUGCGGUCGGGUCGACGGCCGUGCUGGCGAUGGUCGGCGGUACGGGUACGGGCGAGACGGGUGGUACGAUGGGAGCAUCCGGUAAUGCAUCGUUGGGACGCGAUCGAGCUGGUGCAGCAGCACUACACCAUCAAUACAUGAUGACGCCGAACGGGAACAUGGCAGGAUUAGUACAGCAACAGCAGCAGCAGCAACAGCAACAACAGCUUGGAUCAAACUCUAACAUGAAACAACGCAUGGAGAUGGAAGCGGCAACGGGCAAGAACGGUCGCUGGCAGCACGAUGGCGGCAGCUACAGCAGCAAGAAGGAAAGCUACAACUUUCUCGAAAGCCCCAAUCUGCUACACCAGCAGCAACAGCAGCAGCAACAACAAAUGGUGCAAAAUCAGCAGCUCCAGAUGAAACAUCUGCACAAUCAGGGACAAGCGUCGAAAAACUCGAUGCAAUCGUUCCACUACCCCCAGUCGUACUCAAACCCCGCUCAAGCAGCACAACCGCAACAGCAGCAGGUGAAGGGCGGCGUGUACAAGCAGCACAACAACAUCAACAACAAUCACAUCCUGAGCAACAGUGGCUUCCACCACGGGCUGGAGAACUACGGCAAGCGCAACUACGACUAUCACCAUCACGGGCAGCCGGGGGCGGCGGCAUCAGCACACAAGCAGCAGGAGCAGCCGACGUCGUCGCAGUUGGGCGCCGGUGUGCAGCUGCCCGCGACGAGCUACAACAUACGCGAGAACUUUAACAUCAUCGAAAACCCGAACGUGACCGAUCUGGACGAGAACAACUUCAACCACCAUCAGCAGCUGUUGCCGCUUGGGCGCGACCAUCUUAACAAUGGGCACAAAAUACGCAACCAUCACCACCAUCAGCAGCAGCAGGAACACCACAACUCUAACAAUCGGGGCCUGUAUGCGACCGCGUCCGAAAACGAACCACUUCUCGGCGGUGCUUCCGGUGGGAGUGGUAUUAUUGGGAAUGCCAUCAUCAAACCGAUUCAGCAAAUACAGCAGCAGCAGCAGCAGCAGCAACAGCACCAGAUACCGAUGUACGAGCCACCGAGGUACGCGACGACGUCCUCCGUGUUUCCGCAUGCGAUCAUUGGACAAGGAUACGCUUACGGCAUGUCGCAGCCCGCCCUGGUGCGUCAUCAGCACAUGCAGCAGCAGCAGCAGCAGCAGCAGCAACAGCAGCAGCACCAUCAUCACAGCAAGCAACAGCAGCCGGCUUACAUUCAUCAUCAGCAGCAGCAACAAUACAGUCAUCCGAACCAUCAUCAUCACAACCACCAUCAUCACCAGCAGCAGCGCCAACAAUCGGCUUCCGUGCUGAAGCAGUACAUCAAACCGCUGCCCAAGCUGCCGACCGAGUACGACGAAUGCCGCGAGCUGUCCUCGACGGACGAUCUGAGCUCGCGGCCCCACUCCCCGUCGGUCAGCUCGUCCGACGAGAGCUACUCGAAGACGACCGAGGGGGAGGACUUUGACGGCGAGCCGCAGUCACCGCUGCCGGUGUUCGGCACGGCCGGCGGUGUGCACGCUGCCGGCGGUGGUGGCAAUCCAGCCCUGCAGUAUCUCUACCCGUGCGACAUACAGGUCGAUCCGACCUCGCCUCCGAAGCUGAGCCCGAUCGAUUUCGGCAACCUGCGCGACUUCGAGGUGACGAGCACGACGGCCGAGACCAAGUCAUCGUCCGCCCACAACAAGGGCGAAUCGUGCAACAGCUUCGAGUACCACGAGAAGGGUGGUUGUGGCCCCGGGAUGAUAACGGCACCAACGGCGGCGGCGGCGUAUCCGAAAUCGCCGUUCGAGCGGGAGUUGCAGCGGCGCAUGAACGAGUCCCAGUCACGCCCGCUGCUUGCGCAGUUGUCGGUGGUUAGUGACGGAGGCGACGGACCGAAUGCGGAGGAUCAGCUCAAGGGUGGUGCGUUCGAGCAGCAGCAGCAGACCGUUCACGACGGCUCGCUGGAACGGGUGCGGAACGUGAACAAUCUGCUCGUCGCCAAGCACCCGGGCACGCUGGAGGCGAUCAAGGAGGCAACGCGCAACAAGAAUCCCUCCGAAUCGAGCCACCUUCAAACAUCUGAUACCGAGUCGUGUGAGAUCAUCCACGAUUAUCGCAAGAGCGAGCUGAAGGGCCGAAUGCAACACCAGCAGCAGCAGCAACAGCUUAACCAAAUGCAGCACCAUCGCCAUCGCAACUAUCACGCGACCAAGUCGACUAACGACACGUCGUCCAACAUUGAGGCGGACGAGGAUAUGCGCAGUGUGGGGGAGCGCCACCACUACAGCCGGCGGGAGCGCGAGCUAGACCGGGCGAUCGCUCGAGAUCGGGACGACGAGGAGGAUGACGAGGAGGAGGAAGAGGAAGAUGACGUGGAUGAGGAGCAGGAGGAUGAUGAGGAGGAGGAGGAAGAUGAUGACGACGAGGACGAAGAGGACGAUGAGAACGAUGAGGAGAACGGGCAGCGGAGCGGUGGCCAGCGUCGGUUGCGCGCAAACCGUCAGCAGCGUGCGCACGAGCGGCGCGAACGAUGUUUGAGCAACUCGGAGGGCACCGGGUCCGCCAACCGGAACUACAUCACCGACGAGCUCACGUACGGUGCCCAGCUGGAACGGGACGGUGGUGCUAGCAGCGGCGGUGUCGCUGUAGGUAAUGCUGCCGGUGGCGGGCGGGACAACAAUGGCUCAUCGCACCACAACCACCAAUCGCUCGACUCGAACCCGGUCGAAAGCCAGUCCGAGUGGAGUGACGACGAGUGCCGGGAGGAGGCCACUGGUGGCGCCGAAAGUACCGGCUACAUCACGGACGAGCCGGGGCUGGAAAACAUUUCCCUGCUCAAUGAGGCCGGGCUGACCGACGCGGAAGGCGCCCUGUCCGACGUGAACUCGCUGUACAAUGCGCCGGACGUGGACGACACCUCGAUCUCGUCCCGCGCCAGCAGCCGGCUGCUCAGCCUCGACUCGCUGAGCGGGCUGUACGACUGUGAUCUGGACUCGCGCCACGAGAUGGCGAUCGUGAGCGCGUCGCACAAAAUCACCAACAAGUUCGGCCCGGUCGGAUGAGAGCAGCUGGAGCGCGUCUCGUCGCGGCACGGUUCCCGGCAGCCGCCGCCGCCUCCACCAACACCGCCCCCACCACCGACGUCCCCACCACCGCCGCCGCCGCCGCAGCCCGGUUCACCGUUGGGCGAAACGCAUGCGCCAUCAAAUGCAUCGUAGAAGGGAUUGAAUGGAUAGUGCGAGGGGAAGUUGAAGCGCGAAGAGUGCAUAAUGUUGUACAUUAAUUCUAGAGGAGCAGGUUUUUGGGGAACCGUUUAGCGCUAAGUUGUGAGGUCACGAAGCGAAGGAUUUUUGUUUUUUUUUUUCUUCGAAUAUGGAUUUGGAAUUGAACUAACCAAGAACAGUGAAUGAGUCGUGUAAACUCUUCUACUGCGAGGUUUUUGUCAUCAUCCCACUGUUUGGUUGCUUCCUGCUGCGCUUUCCGGAUCCUCAACUCCAAACACACACACAAACCCACACUUACUUGCCUUAUUAGAACCUUAACUGGACGGUGCUGCACCUCGUAGGAAUCCUUUUUUGAAUGUAUUCCUACACUCCCGAGUUGAUUUGUUGUGCCAUAGACUUUUUUUUUAUUUUUAACACACAUUCCAUCUUUCAGCUCCGUCUAUUUUUAGCGCCUUCAAAAUGCUUACAAAAACAAAUGAAUCUCAACCUUUCCUGCUACUAGUGUGGCCUACUUGAUUUCUUCCAACCGUUUGAUGGUUGUCUUUUUUCCCUUCGUGAUGGUUAAGCGCUGGAUGGUGAUGAUGAUGGGAUGGAGUGUUUUAGAUGCACAAAGCUAGCAGAGGAGAGAGAGAGAUGCCUUACGUAUCUGGGCUGCCAGGGAUGUAGCGCGCUUCGGUGGGAUGAUGCCAAACUCCACGGAGGGGGAGGAGGUAGUAGUAGUAAGUGGUGGCUGCAAAGCGGCAUAUGACGUGUGUGUAAUCUCAGUGAUCGUAUGGACAUUGGCGCUCCUUUCUGGCAAUGAUGAGAUUCUCCUUUCCUUACAAACACAAACGUUGGGAUGAUUCAGUGUGAUACGUGAAUUCUGCAGUGGGAAAGGGGGAGGAGGUGAUGGUGGUAUUAGCAGUUAGGUAGUAGCGGUACAGCUGUACAAACUAACUCGUAAGAGACAAAAAAAACGAGAUGCCGAGAGAGAGAGAUAGAGAGAGAUAGAGAGAGAGAUAGCCUCGAAUGUUUAGCGUUAUGUACACACCGUGCAUUUCUUUUUUUUCUAUUGUUUUCUUGCUAUUGAACAUGAAUUUGGUGAGCUUUUGAAA